AUGUUGUUCCACCACAAUUCAAACAUGCCAGAGAUUCCCGAGAGAGCAGCUACCAUUGAAGGGCUAAUUCAGGGACCAGGCAAUGUCAGACAUAUCAUUUUUGCCUUACGCAGUGGCGUCGGCGGAAGCAUCGGCGGACGCGCUGACAUUGCCGGAGGCAUCAGCAGAGGCGUCGGCGUUGGCAGAGGCAUUGGCAGAAGCAUUGGCGGAAGCAUUGGCAGAUGCUUGAGCUUCAGCCGAAGCCUGGGCAGACGCAGAGCCGCUAAGAGAGCCACUUGCGCCGCCAGAGAUACCAGAGAAGUACCGGUGCCGGAGCCGGCGCCUACGCCGCCAGAGACGCCUGUGCCAGACGAACCAGAUCCGGAACUGCUAGCACCAGCGGAGCCGCUGCCAGAAACACCAGCCCCAGAAGAACCCGAGUCGGAAGAAUCGGUGCCAGUGGGACUCGCGCCGGUGGAACCGGUCCCAGAAGCUUCACCCGUUGCAUCACCGCCGAUAGAUGCAGAUCCAGAGGCAUCGCCGGAGGCACCAAGGCCAGCGGAGCCAGAAACACCAGCGUCCAGAGAUCCCGUGCCGGAAGCACCACCCGAGGUAGUGCCAGAUGCGUCAAGAUCAGCGCUAUCAGAGCCGCCCAGUCCAGCAGCGCCAGAAGCACCGGCACCAAGAGAUCCAGUGCCAGAGGCCUCACCAGAAGCACUACCAGAGCCACCGAGGCCAGCAGCACCAGAGGAACCACCAGAUCCACCGAGAUCAGCGGAACCGGAGCCCCCAAGGCCAGCGCCACCAGAUGAGCUAGUGCCAAAACCACCAGUUGCAGAAGCACCACCGGAGCCACUUCCAGAAGCGCCAAGGUCAGCUGAACCAGAACCGCCGAGACCAGUGAAGCCAGAGCCGCCAAGCCCAAGCCCAAGACCACCGGUUGCAGAAGCACCACCGGAGCCACUGCCAGAACCCCCUAGGCUAGCAGAGCCAGAUCCCGACGCAUUACCGGAGGCUUCAGCGGAAGAAUCGGCAGAAGAAUCGGCAGAAGAAUCGGCAGAAGAAUCAGAGGAGCCGCUAGCGGAAGCAGAGCCACCACCCAAGAAGCCGGGGAGGAAAGAGGCAAGUCCGCUGCCCGAGCCGCUGGCAGAGCCACUUCCACCGCCGUUACCACUAGAGGCAGAGUCGAGCCAGAGGCAGGGCUCGCGGGUUUCGAGGGUCUUGUUGAAUGGUGCUGCGAGAGCAGUGCCCGCGAGGAACAGAAUCGCGGUAUUCUUCAUGUUGCCGGAACAGUGA